UUCAUUUCAGUUGAAAGAAUCAGUAUCAGCGGCGAUGCAGAUAUUCGUGAAAACCCUAACAGGGAAAACGAUAACUCUUGAAGUAGAGAGUAGCGACACAAUCGACAAUGUCAAAGCCAAGAUUCAAGACAAGGAAGGAAUCCCACCGGAUCAGCAACGUUUGAUCUUCGCCGGAAAACAGCUUGAAGAUGGAAGAACCCUAGCUGAUUACAACAUUCAGAAAGAAUCCACACUGCAUCUUGUGCUAAGGCUUCGUGGAGGUAUCAUAGAGCCUUCUUUGAUGGCUUUGGCUCGCAAAUACAAUCAGGACAAAACCAUUUGCCGCAAAUGUUAUGCUCGUCUGCAUCCAAGGGCAGUAAAUUGCCGGAAAAAGAAGUGUGGUCACAGUAAUCAGUUGAGGCCAAAGAAGAAGAUUAAGUAGUUUAUGGCUCCGAUGAUCAUCUUGUAUGGUGAGCUGAUGACCAAUUGCAGUUUAAUACUGUUGAUCAUGUGCUUAGUAUGGUGUUUAUCAAUGUUUCAAUGAUUUUGGAUUUAUUUGUGGCAUUCAACUAUAUACAUGUAUGACAUUUUCUACUCUUUCAUGUCUCAAGUUUGAGGAUUCAUUGCUUUUUAUCUUAUAAUAUGCUAGCAAGAGUUUUUGUUA